GUGCGUGAGAAUGAGCAGAGAUUUAUUCUAAUCGGCUGCUAUGACUGCAAUUCUUUCGGGGCCAGCCGCGCCUUUGACCUGCUUCGCAAAGGCGAAGAAAGCAGUCUCCUUUCAAGACAAACAGUACCAUUUUUUAGGCAGAGGCGUCCUUUUCGAUCCAUCACUUAGCUCUGUGAUCCCAAGAAGCUCCGCAUAUGGGCGGAUGACUAUGAAGAGAAAGUCCAAUCUUAUACCCAGAAGACCGUUAUCUCCUGUCAUGGAGUGGCAAGACUGCAGCUCUGUGAUUGAAGCUGAAGUUCCCUGUUCCGUUGCCUAUGAAUGCUACUCAAAUAAGGAACUUAUCCCCCAAUGGAUGCCUUUCAUAUCAUCUGUAAAGGUUCUAAAAGACAAGCCUGAUGUUUCUCGCUGGUCGUUGAAGUAUGAAGUGUUUGGUCGUGAUGUAGAACUCUCUUGGCUUGCGCGGAACAUGCAGCCCAUUCCAAAUCAGAAGAUUCAUUGGCGAUCUCUAGAGGGUCUAUCCAAUAGAGGUGCUGUUCGAUUUUAUCCCAGUGGUCCAUCGUCAUGCAGAAUUGAAAAACUAGACUUUUUCACUCUUUCUCCCACAUCUCUAAUGCAGCUGACUGUUUCAUAUGAAGUUCCUGAAAUUUUAUCUCCUAUAGCAUCAGCACUGAAACCUUUCGUAGAAGCCCUGCUUCUGCGAGGAUUGAAUAAGUUCGCUGAAUUUGCAAGAGAAUAUCAGAAGAAAGUCCCGCAGAGUUGACAUCUGCUGUUGUUUUUUUUAUUUCAUUCUGUAAGUGAAACGGUGUUUCACAUGUGGGAUUAAUUUUUCUUACUCUUGACAGAUAAAGAUAAGCACUUGGACUGCAUGGAUGAACUCUCCAAAAGGGUCUCAAUGUGAUUAUAUGAAUUGUGUUGGUUAUUUUAUCAAUUGUCAUUUUUUUAGCUAUUUUGAUACUCAAAUAAAUUAAGGUUCACAU